AUGUCGGCUCCAUUUGGUACUGGUAACCAUGCAUUGCAGGAUUAUCAAAUGCAGCUUAAACUCCUAGAGCAACAAAACAAAAAGAGAUCGAUGAUGGCACGUCAAGGACAAGACGACAUGACUCUCCAUCGAAACGAUAGAUCUCUACUUGAACCACGAGUUCCUCAUAGACCGCAAAGUCAUCUUCGUCACGGAUUGCCCACUCCCCGCUCAUCUCCAACAAAUCGGAACGUUCUGACGCCCUCAAAUUGUCCCUCACCCGAGGCCAGUAUGAGCAAUGUACCUGCCAUGGAUCCAAGUCUUACGGGGCAGAUAUACAAUGCUCCUUCCUGUCAACCAUCUACGGAAGUCAGCAAUCCCCCUCCACAUGUACAUUAUGAGCCCUUCCACUGUUCGACUAACACAUACACACCACGAUCGGAAUACUCAUUUGAGUAUCAGGAAUACCAAUACUCUCAGAACCCUCAAACAAAACCAUUUCUAACCGCCAACGUCUUAGGAUCCCAUGCCUUCACGCCUGUAACUAUAGUUCCGGAGGUAUCUGCCAGCUCGGAGCCUAACUUAGGGUAUCCGUUCAACCAAUUCGAUCUUUUUGGAUCCAUGGAAUUGAUAAAACCGGCAGGGAGACCGAUGGAAUUGUCGUCUUCGAACGGAUCGUCGAAUUCGAUAGACUCGACGGACUCAGGGGAAUCGAGCGAAUCAAUGAUUUCGAUACAAUCGACGGGUUCAUUGGAAUCGAUGGAUUCUUCCAAAACAUAUGACACCCUGGAUCUUGAGGUACUGACUCCCGGGGGUCAGUGGGACGAGCUGCCGGGAUUGGAGAACUCUUCGGGAUUCGAAUCAAAUUUUACGGCGUCUACGGACUAUGACUUCAACUCUGACAACUCUUUUUUCGCUAAGCCAGAUUUUGUGAAGAAUUUCUUAACUGGCUAUAACGAAACUUGUCCGUGGCCACUACUUGCCACAAAUGAGGAUCUAUAUCUUUCAACGACAACCAGCAGUGAAUCCAACCUCAACUACCUGCCGACUCAGGUGCUUAAAGAUAGAAAACUGGACACAAAUACCAAGCUUUACCCAGUAGAGCCAGCCGAAACCCCUCCCAAGAAAACUUUAAGAUCCUCAGGUUUAUCAGAUGUUCUCCAAGAGUGUGAGCAAGGUGGUUAUCAGCCCAAGUCUUUAGCGAAUGAGAAUGGAACGGAACGUCGAGAUCAUCAAGUCGCCGUGUCUCAAAGCUUUGGCUUUGCAUCUAAGCGCCACUGCAAUGAAGAUAUAAUGAGCAGCAUUGAGGCACUACCUUUGCCAUGCGCCACCAAGUCAGUCAUCAAUACAUCACCAAGACAAAAUCUUACCCAUGAUCAGCGACAACCAUCCAGUCCCUCCCCAUUUUUCGGUUCUAGCUCCGAAACAUGUUCCUGGUUCUCAGAUAAUGAGACAGACUGGGGAGAUGACGAAUCCGACGAUGCGCAUCAGACUAUUGGUGCACGUGUUAUUGAAGGGAGUAAUAUAUCGGGUGAACAGGAACUCCCAACCCUUGUUGCAAGGCCGAUUUUAUCAAAAAUGAAACAGGAAUUGGUUGACCGUAUUAUGGUGGAGUUCUGGCAAAUAUUCAACCAAGAAAAGGCAAACGACAUAUAUGAAAAUACCAUCUCACGAAGUUCUUCUUCGCAACAGCGCCAGGCACAACAUACAACUCAUGGGGACCAACAGAACACAGCACCGGCUUCAAAGUCUAGCAUUCAACCUGAUGUGCAGGUUAAUGGAACCCGUCCCACUGCUGGCCAAAACAGGAAGAGGGAACGUCAAAGACAAGAUGAGGAUGAGAAUGAUGAAAGCGAGAAGCGAAACCCAAAGAGGCCCAAAGGUCUGUUAUCACCUCCUCGAAGUCAAGACGACACCAGCAAGUUCGCAUGUCCAUAUCGAAAGCAUGAUGCCAAAAGAUAUUGCGUUCGACACUGGCGCUCUUGUGCCCUAACUCCCCUAGAGACAGUCGCUCGAGUGAAGGGACAUCUGUACCGACACCAUCGGAUAUUUCCAUGCCAGAGAUGCAAAAAGGUCUUCAACGAUCAGCAAGGGGUGAACGACCAUCUUAUGGAGCCUGAAGGUUGUAAGCUUCUUGACGUUGUGCAACAGGAUGGAAUUACAACUGAGAUGGUGGAAAGAUUGAGGAGUAAGAAGAAGGCGCACCGGGACCAGUCUGAAGAAGACAGAUGGAAAGAGAUUUACGAGAUCCUUUUUCCUGGGGAAUUGGUACCUAGUCCUUUCUUCGAAGAAAUCCAGGAGGAUGUGAUUCAGUCGCCCGACUCUCGGGAUCUUGCGGACUACGAAGAAUACUGUCGUCGAGAACUACCACGGGUCUUUAGAGCCUCACUAGAAGAAAUUGUGAACAGCAAUACACAACCUCUCGAGGAACAACUUAGGAGCCAGUUAAUGGACUUAAUUCGCGAUGCCCAAGAUCGAGUUUUCUCAAGGUACAGAUCUUCCUCAACAACUACAGGGACAUCUGCAAGAGGCGCUCUAAGUUCAAGCCCGCAAACAAAUACAUCCUCUUCUUCAUCGCAAGGCUUUGCAACAUCACCUCUAAGGAGCGAGCCAACAACAAUCGCCAGCUUAGAGGGUCGAAGCCAAGCUCGACUGCCUUCUUUCUGCCAACCACCCUCUCCUAAAACUCACCUUGAGUCUGGCUUGGAUAUAUCAGAUCCAAAUAUAACACCUUCAAAGCCUGACCGCAAUGAUCGAUCGGAUUCUGGAUACGACAGUAGCCCGUUAGUCAUGCCAUCUACAUUGCCCUUAACACCUGGCGAGUCCAGUGUUAAUACCUCUGCCUCGAGCUCUCAAAUUUCGCUUCCAUCACAGUGGAGCCAAGAAACAACUGGUCAUGCCCACAUAGAUACCGUUCUAACGCAAACAAAACUAGACUCAAAUUCAGAGGCAAUCACUAGUGCUGAAGACGAUCAUCUGAACUCUGAACCCUACCUUUCGCAAAACACCAUUGAUUUCGAGCUCGAUUAUGCUGAUCUUUCGAACUUUGAUAUGAACGGCGAGUUUGGAAAUUGUGAUUUCUCUCAGAAUCUAGAGGGGUUUCUUUAG